AUGGAGGGCGGUUUCGGCUCGGAUUUCGGAAGCUCUGGCGGCGGGAAGCUGGACCCAGGGCUCAUCAUGGAGCAAGUGAAGGUGCAGAUUGCCGUGGCCAACGCGCAGGAGCUGUUGCAGAGGAUGACGGACAAGUGUUUCCGGAAGUGCAUCGGGAAGCCUGGGGGCUCGCUGGACAACUCUGAGCAGAAAUGCAUCGCCAUGUGCAUGGACCGCUACAUGGACGCUUGGAACACUGUGUCCCGCGCCUACAAUUCGCGGCUGCAGCGGGAGCGAGCCAACAUGUGA